CUUCUAGUUCCAACCUCCUCUUUUUGAAUGAUAUUCACCUAGUUUUUGAGUCUGUUUGAGUAAGUAAAGACCGUAUUUUAUCAGCUUGACUAACCUCUUGCUUUCGUCAUUCUCUAUAUGUAUAAUACAAGCCUCCUAUACAUACCCCCUCCCUCACGUUUGUAAGGCUAUCUUAAUAUGGUAAAAUUGUUCGACUGCAUUUCAUUAUUUCCACUAUUUUCUUUUCUUCUCUACUUACAUUAAUCCCAUGUCCAAGAAGUUUACCGUUGAGGAAGUCGCUAAGCACAGUCAAACAGAUGAUUGUUGGAUCAUCGUUCAUGACAAGGUGUAUGAUAUUUCAAAGUUCUUGGACGACCAUCCAGGAGGCAAGAAGGUGCUUUUGAAAGCAGCUGGUACAGAUGCUACUAAGCAAUUUGACGCAUUCCACAACCCUUCCGUUCUCACAAAGAUCGCCUCUCAGUACAUGAUUGGUGAAAUCGGUACUGAAUCAGAAGAACAGGAAGACAUACCAACGACCAAUCCUCUUCAAGUCGGUGAAGUCUUUGGUGACAUGGUCCCCUUUGGCGAUCCUAUGUGGUACCAAGAUUGGUAUAGCCCCUACUAUAACGACUCUCAUCGCAAAGUACGUCAAUUCAUGCGUGACUUUGUCGAGCGUGAAAUUAUGCCUUAUACUCACGAAUGGGAUGAAGCCAAACAGAUGCCUCGAGAGAUUUACGUCAAGGCUGCAAGAGCUGGUAUCCUUGCCGCCUCUGUGGGUCGUGUUGAAAAAGAAUAUAUUCCUUAUGGAUUACCAGGUGGUAUUUCAUAUGAAGAGUUUGAUCCUUUCCACGCUUUAAUUGUCGCUGAUGAAAUGUCUCGUUGUGGAUCUGGUGGUGUUACUUGGGGCUUACUCGGUGGUCUCGGUAUCGGUCUCCCUCCUGUGAUGCACUUUGGCUCCAAGUAUUUGAAGGACAAAGUCGUUCGUGAUUGCUUGUCUGGUACAAAACAUAUCUGUUUAGCCAUCACCGAGCCUUCCGGUGGCUCUGAUGUAGCCAAUCUUCAGACGGAAGCUAAGGAUAUGGGAGACCACUACUUGGUCAAUGGUGAAAAGAAGUGGAUUACUAACGGUACCUUUGCCGACUAUUUCACUGUUGCCUGUCGUACAGGUGAACAAGGAUUCAACGGUAUCUCCUUCCUUUUGAUUGAACGUGACAUGCCUGGUGUGACCACACGCCAGAUGAAGUGCUCCGGUGUCUGGCCUUCAGGUACAGCCUAUAUCACCUUUGAAGAUGUCAAGGUACCCAAGGAAAACUUGAUUGGUAAAGAAAACAAGGGGUUCAAAUACAUCAUGCAUAACUUUAAUGCGGAGCGUAUCGGUAUCGUCAUUCAAGCCAACCGUUUUGCUCGAUGCUGUAUAGAAGAAGCCAUGAAGUAUGCUCACAAGCGAAAGACCUUUGGCAAACGACUCAUUGACCACCCUGUGAUCCGUAAUAAGUUGGCCAAUAUGAUUCGUAAGGUAGAGGCAACUCAUGCAUGGCUCGAGUCCCUUAUUUAUCAAGCCAAGAAGAUGCCUCCUGAAUUACAGCCUGUUCGUUUGGGUGGCCCCAUUGCUCUUUGUAAGGCCCAGUCAACACGUACGUUUGAAUUCUGUGCACGUGAAGCAGCUCAGAUCUUUGGAGGUUUGGCUUAUACCCGUGGCGGCCAAGGCGAAAAAGUGGAACGGUUGUAUCGUGAAGUAAGAGCAUUUGCUAUCCCUGGUGGCUCAGAAGAAAUUAUGUUAGAUUUAGGUGUUCGUCAAGCUACAAAGGUUGGCUCUUUUAUGGGGGCCAAAAUGUAAAAAAAAAGAAGAUAUCGCUUUUGAUUAUAAUAAAUGCUUUUAUAAAGACACAUGUAUUUCCUCUAU